AUGGUGAAGAUCUGGCUGCAUGUUUCCUCCAUACCUGCUGUCACACUACUUCUAAUUCUACUACCGGUGAGAGCUACAGUGGAGCCGGCACUCUCUCCAGAAUGCCGCGAGUUCCUGUACUUGGGCACAGCACCAGUGGGCCUGGAGGACCACUCACUGGUUAAAAUCUGCCAGCGGUACAACAACAGACCUCGCUACGUCACCCUGUACAACAUCAAGGACCAUGUGCCAGUCUACUCUGCCUACACUUUUAAGCGCUCUGAUGGGGAGAAGAAAGUAGACGUGCCCUGGAUGUAUGAGCCCCAGAUCUAUUUUUUUUUUUUCUGUUUUUGUAUUUUUUGUUUUUUUCUCACUGAGCAGCUGUCCACUUCCUCAGACACUGGGGAGAUGCAGCAGUUCCCACGUGGUUACAUGCACCAGAACUUCGAGGAUGCCCAGGCCGUGCUGGAGGACUAUGCCAAUGCGGUGCUGUACGAACGUGGAGCCCUGAACCCCGACGAACACCAGGCCAACCCUGACGACAAAGCAGCCACCUACACGCUGACCAACGUGGUUCCACAGGUCCGCGAGUUCCACAGAGGCCCCUGGAAGGCCCAGGAGCACAUCAUCCGCCGCAGACUCAACAACUACUGCAGAGGCACGGCCUACGUGGUCACCGGCAUCACCACCUCCGGUAACAUGAUCCGCAGACACAACAUCGGCCGGGUUGCCAUCCCCACAUACCUGUGGUCAGCCUACUGCUGCAUUAACUACGACCACAACGCACCGUACGAUGAACGAUACAAAUUCCCUGCCUUCGCUCACUAUGGACUCAACGACAAAGAGAACAAUCAGGUUCUGGAGCUGUCUGUUCCCAAGCUCGAAGAGUUCCUGAAGAAGUCCACUUUUGUAGACAAGAACUUUCAAAUAUUUGUUGAAGACUGUGUGCCCCCUGGAUCAUCCUAGACCUGUCUAGUGUACAGUCAUGCUUCCUCACCA